AGACAGAAGAACACAUACUUUUUUUUCUCUCUCUCUCUGUUGAUCGAAAUGAGGAGCUCAGUGGGAGUUCAAGUGCUUCAAAUUCUGGGGCUCGUGCUAGUCCUCGGCACCCAUUAUUGUGAAGCUGCUACUCUUCGCCGUAAGUUCGUGAUCAAGGAAACACCCUAUACGAGGCUGUGCAGCACCAAGAGUAUCCUAACCGUUAACGGUCGAUUCCCCGGCCCGACUUUAUAUGCCCGCAAAGGCGAUACGGUCAUCGUGGAUGUGUACAACAAGGCCAAUUAUAACAUCACUCUUCACUGGCACGGCGUGAAACAGCCGAGAAAUCCUUGGCAUGAUGGUCCCGAAUACAUCACGCAGUGCCCAAUUCAACCCGGAGGAAAAUUCACACAGAACGUAACGUUCUCGCUCGAGGAGGGGACACUUUGGUGGCAUGCUCACAGCGAUUGGUCACGCACCACCGUCCAUGGUGCCAUUGUCGUUUAUCCGAAGAACGGCACGAGCUAUGCUUUUGCUAUGCCUCGUGCAGAAGUGCCCAUCAUAUUAGGAGAAUGGUGGAAACAAGAUAUAGUCGCCAUAUACGAUGAGUUUCGUCGAACCGGAGGAGAUCCAAACAUUUCGGAUGCUUAUCUCAUUAAUGGUCAACCGGGCGAUUUGUAUCCAUGCUCAAAACAAGAUACGUUUAAGUUGGUCGUGGAAUAUGGCAAAACAUACCUUCUCAGGCUCAUCAACGCGGCGAUGCAGGAGAUCCUCUUCUUCGGCAUCGCGAACCACCAAGUCACGGUGGUCGGCACUGACGCCUCCUACACGAAGCCCCUAAAGGUCGACUACGUCGCCAUAUCUCCAGGCCAAACCCUAGACCUCCUCGUUGAGGCCAACCAGCCCAAGGACCAUUACUACAUGGCUGCUAGGGUUUACUCGAGCACAACCGCUCUUGCGUUUGACAACACGACCACCACGGCCUUAAUCCAAUACAAAGGUCAAUACACACCGUCGUCGCCGACUCCUUUACCUAAGCUUCCAAUCUACAAUGAUACAACUGCAUCGGUCAACUUCACUGGCAGGCUUCGCAGCUUGGCUAGCGGGGAGCACCCCGUCCCUAUAACUGUCCCGCAGACGGUGACCCACAAGUUCCUGUUCACCAUCUCUGUGAACACGUUCCCUUGCGUGAACAACUCGUGUGACGGGCCGAACGGGUCCCGCCUCGCCUCGAGCAUGAGCAACAUAAGCUUCGUGUCCCCAUCGAUCGACAUACUCCAAGCCUAUUAUAACGGCAUCCCGGGCGUGUUCGGCACCCAUUUCCCGAGCAAGCCCCCGCACAAGUUUGACUACACGGCAGAUUACCUCCCGCUGGCCCUGCAGACGCCACGACGUGGGACGGAGGUCAAGGUGCUCGAGUACAAUGCGACGGUGGAGAUGGUCCUGCAGGGGACCAACUUGGUGGGCGGGACCGAUCAUCCCAUGCACCUCCAUGGGACCAGCUUCUACGUGGUGGGGUGGGGAUUCGGUAAUUUCGACAAACACAAGGACCCCAAAAAUUAUAAUUUGGUGGACCCUCCAUUGCAGAAUACCAUCGCAGUGCCCAAGAAUGGAUGGACCGCUGUGAGAUUCCAAGCCUUCAAUCCAGGAGUUUGGUUCAUGCAUUGUCAUAUUGAACGACACUUGACAUGGGGAAUGGAGAUGGCAUUCAUCAUCAAGGAUGGCCCGACCACAGAGUCGCAGAUGCUUCCACCUCCGCCGGACAUGCCGCCAUGCUGAUGUAAUGAAACUUAUGGGUUAUUAGCCCUUCGUUUGAAGUGUAGUAUUUCAUUUUUAUUAGUUUUUGGUACUUGAGGAGGCAUCUGAAUCGGAAUUCAGGUGCUGUCCUAAUCAAGACGCACAAAUGCUUGAUUUGUCCGGUCAUAAGAGAAGAAGUUGUAGAAUUGUUUUCUGCUUUGUAGCGGACGAGAUGUACUCAUAUUGUUAUAUGUACCUGUUGUAAGAAUUUGCUGAUCAAGAAUAAAACUAUUUGUGAUCAUAUUAUAUA